AUGUCCACAGAACAGUUUUUACUAGGACUUAGAAGAUUUAUUGCACGUUUUGGCAAGCCAAAACAAAUCAUCUCUGAUAACGGUGCUCAAUUCAAACUUGCAAGCCUGGUGUUGGAAAAAGGUUGGGAAAAAGUCACUUCUGAUAAAGAUGUCCAAAGUUAUGUUGCAAAUGAAGAGAUUCAGUGGCAAUUUAUUGUGGAACUGGCACCAUGGAUGGGAGGAUUUUAUGAACGUCUGGUUGGUGUUGUCAAACGAUGCUUAAGAAAAACUAUGGGAAAACUCUGUUUAACAAAUGAGCAGAUGAGAACUAUGCUUGCAGAAGCUGAAGCCGUUGUGAAUACUAGACCCUUAGUCUACAUUGGAGAUGAUAUUAAUUCAAACAUCACCUUAACUCCAGCACAUUUCCUCACUUUGAACCCCAAAAUAGGACUUCAAGAUAGUGAAAAUUUUGAUCCCAUGGAUCCAGACUAUGUACCCCAUGCAAGCUCUGUGAACACUUUGUUGGCAAUUUGGAAGAAAGGUCAACGACUUUUAGAUACAUUCUGGAAGACAUGGAGAGAUGAAUAUCUUCUAAGUCUAAGAGAAAGAACAUCUUAUAAAUUAAAAGGAAAACGAAUUCAACACAAUAGACCAGUAAAAAUUGGUGAUGUUGUUCUUAUCAAAGAAGAUCUACCUAGAGGAAGUUGGAAGAUCGGAAAAAUUUGCGAUUUGACAGUAAGUCAAGAUGGUCAGUUCAGAUCGGGAAAAGUAAUGUUACCCAACAAAAGGACAUUAAACCGACCUUUAAAUUUACUCUAUCCUAUAGAAUGUAACGAUAACUCAGAUCAUGGUGACAGUGAUGCAAAUAAGGAAAAACCAACAGUCAGUGAUAUUCCUCCGUUGCCUAGAGCAAAGAGACAGGCUGCUGAAAAAGCCACAAAACUGAUUAAAGAACAAUUAAAUUCAUGA